UGCAGACGGGGAAAGAGGUGUCCCGGAAGAGCGGGUUCCGGUUCCGCUUGGCCUGGCUGGGUUGCGGGGAGGGGCUGCGGCUAGUUGCUUAGCCUGGAGAGUAGGAGCCUCCUCUCCUAUCUCUGCAGAUCCAGCUGGACCCCAGUUCUCCAGACUUCACGCUCUGAGCCCCCCCGGGACUGGCUCUCAUCAGGGUCUCGCUGGGGCUGGCAGUGGGGGGUGGAGGCGUGUCUGGCUCUCUGCCACUGGAGAUUCUUCUCCACCCCCUCGGCGGUGGAGGGCUUUUAGUCUCUGUCUCAGAUUGCUGAGUCUCCGUGGUCCUGAUUCUCUCUUCUCCGAGCUAGCCAUCCUCUGACUGGGCAGCGAGAAGUGGUUCAGAUGCUGGUACGAGGAGGGACAUCCAUCUAAUACCUCCUCUCAUGCCUUGUUGCUCGAUGCCCCAGCCACUCUCCAAGCUCUUGCUGUAACCCAGGGCUGUCGCAACCAUUCCCAAUUCCCUGCCUGCUCAUGGCUCGUAUGUUGGUGUGACCCAGUGGAUGGGCCCAGCACUAAGAUGCCUGCGUCCCUGUGAAGGCUUCGCCGGCGGCCUGCCUGCUGAGGAAGACCUGAUACUGCCAAAGGGAGGAGUGGCGUGGGGGCCCCACAAUGGAGGACUCAGACCAGCGGCUGGUUCUGGGUAUGAACGUGGGGGAUGGGCGCCAGACGCCUCCUGGGGAGCUGCGGACACCCACGCAGGAGGGUGAGGAGCUCAGGGCUCCUAUCCCUGAGGAUGUCUGCAGUGGUGAUGAAACCAAGAUGCUGUUGAGGGACGAGGAAGACGUGGAGGAAGAGUUGGAUCCCAGGAUACAGGAGGAGCUGGAGCAUCUCAACCAGGCCAACGAGGAGAUCAACCGGGUGGAACUGCAGCUGGAUGAAGCCAGGACUACAUACCGCAGGAUCCUCUCUGAAUCCGCCAGGAAGCUCAACACCCAGGGCUCCCAGCUGGGGAACUGCAUUGAGAAAGCGCGUCCAUACUACGAGGCCCGUCGCCUGGCCAAGGAGGCCCAGCAGGAGACACAGAAGGCAGCGCUGCGGUACGAACGGGCGGUCAGCAUGCACAAUGCUGCCCGCGAGAUGGUCUUUGUGGCAGAGCAGGGCGUCAUGGCCGACAAGAACCGUCUCGACCCUACCUGGCAGGAGAUGCUCAACCAUGCCACCUGUAAGGUGAAUGAGGCGGAGGAGGAGCGGCUGCACAGCGAGCGGGAGCACCAGCGUGUCACCCGGCUCUGCCAGCAGGCCGAAGCCAAGGUGCAGAGCCUGCAGAAAUCCCUCAAGCGCGUCAUCGUAAAGAGCAAGCCCUACUUCGAGCUAAAGGCCCAGUUCAACCAGAUCCUCGAGGAGCACAAGGCCAAGGUGACGGGGCUGGAGCAGCGGGUCUCCCAAGCCAAAAUGCGCUACUCGGUGGCGCUCCGUAACUUGGAGCAGAUCAGCGAGCAGAUCCACGCCCGGCGGUUGCAACGCCUCAUCCAACGCCGGGCCUCGCCGGUAGGGGCGGAGGCGGGGGCCGGGCUAGGCGCCGAGUGCCCCCCCACGGACACGCUCUCCAUGCUCAGCCUGCAGACCAUCGCCUCCGACCUGCAGAAGUUCGACUCGGUGGAGCAUCUGCUGGGGCUGUCGGACGCCACCAGUCUCAACAGUGAUGAGCAGGAGCGGCGUCGGGGCGGGCAGAGCCAGUUCAAGCACCACCGCAGCGUCAGCCUCUAACCCACCUUCCUGGCCCUUCCCCUCGGCAAGCCCAGUCGGAAGGGGCUGUGCCGUGGUGAGGAGGGAGUGCUGUGGCUGGAUGCUGCGGCACUAAGGGGGAGCAGCCUUUCACCGCUGCUUCCUAAGGGGGGCCCAAAGACACUGCACCUCCUGGGGACGUUGCUCAUUCUCUCCUCCCCCCCCGGCCCCCGCACUUCCAUGAGUGCCCUCUGACACUACACCUCCCAGAGGGCAUUGCUCAUCCCCUCCCCCCCCCGGUGAGUGACCCCUGACACUGCACUGGGUGACCUCUGACACUACGCUUCCCAGGGGGCAUUGCUCAUCCCCCCCUCCCCCCCCCCCCCGGGUGAGUGACCCCUGACACUACGCUUCCCAGGGGGCAUUGCUCAUCCCCUCCCCCCCAGGUGAGUGACACUGUGCUGGGUGACCCCUGACACUGCACUUCCAUGUGGGUGUUGCUAUACUGACACAAGUAGCAUGGAGGCUGCUGAUUCCAGCCAGCAGGGCUGUCUGGGUACCCUGGGGCAAGGCUCCAUGCUGGAGCCAGGAGCAGACAUGGCCCUUUGCUGGAGCGGUGUCACCUGCAGACCCCGCUUCCAGCAUGCACUGAUCAGAGCACCCAGUUCCCUUGAGUGCAGCGUGCUGGCAGCUGGGGUCUCCCUGAGCAAAGACAACAGCACACUAUUCGUGGUCUGCUGCCUUCACCGACCUGGUCUCCGGCACUGCUACGUGUCCUGGGGACGGGGAGCAAAACUAGCUGCUGUCUGACAGACUACAUUCCUGGUGGGGGCAUAGGCCUUGGCCUGGGGCUACUGCAUGUGUACAUCCUGGGGGACAGGGCGGGAGCUAUGGAACAAGGGCCCUAUGGUGUCAGCUCUCUGAUAGCUACAGCCUAGUUCUUGUCCCCAAGCACCGGCUGGUGAGGGCUGCUGCUGAGACAUAAAGAUGGCCUGGAGCCAAUGCCCUCUCCUAGUGUAAACACAGACUGGGUCAGUCCCCUCUGCCUAUCCUGUGGAGCCUGCAACGCUCACUGGGUGGGUUGCUCACUCACCUCCUGCAAUGUAACAGGGAUGCUCCUGUGAGAAUUUGGGUGCUUGUGCCUGGGGUUCAUAUCCCAGUGGCAGAGGUUAUAGGAGCAGCCAGUGCAAACUUUAUAGCCUUCCCCGCUGCUCAAAGGCGGCUGGGCUCAAAGAUGCCUGGAGUGAGCAGAACACCUUCACCCGAAAGAUGGCAAGGAGCUGAUUCCUUCCCCCACCAGCAGGUGGCACCAGAUGGUUCACCCUGGGCAGCUCCUUGUACUCUUACCUAGCCUGGUUCCUCCAGAUUUCCUAGGUCAAAUCCCACUCAACUCUUCCUUUAUAUUGAGACAAAUAAGUGUCAAAGCUGCGUGGAAAGUAAUUUGCACUAGUUGGUGUGGGGAUGGGGGGCCUUGGUGUCUGUUGGGAGGGGGAGUUCCUUGUGCAUAUCCUCUGUCCUGUAGCCCACUCUGGGCUCAUCUGUACCCCCUGUGGUCUCCCAGGAGCUGGGGCUGCCUCCUCUCUUGUGAUGGGUGCCCCUUUUGGUGGGGAGGCUGUUGCUGCUGCUGUGCCCUGGUGUGGCUUCACUCUGCUGUGGCUGUGGUGAUAACUCUGCCAGUUUGAGGCAGCCCAGUGGAUCUGUAUGAGUGAGUGGCUGUGCUGUGUAUUUUAUUUAAAGUAAAGAUGCCCUGUGGAGA